GGACUGGGAAACAAACCCUGCGCCGACGUCGCGCACUCCGGGGACUCCUGGCCCGGGUCGCUCUUUGCGUCUCUCCGCGGCGUCUAGCCCCUAGAGAGCUCCGCAGGGGUGUGGGGAGGUGAUCUCAUCCAUUAGCAGCUGUGUGUUGCCAAUUCCCAAUUCUUUAUCUGUCUCAGACUUCUCUCCUGCAUUCCAGAUCCUUCUAUUCAACUGCCUAUUGGAUACCUCUUCCAGGAUGUUCUCAAGGCAUACAAGAAUUAAAUUCUAAGUAAGUCUACAGAUAGGAUGGACAGUUAUUUUAAAGCAGCUGUCAAUGACUUGGACAAACUCCUUGAUGAUUUUGAGCAGAACCCAGAUGAACAAGAUUAUCUCCAAGAUGCACAAAAUGCACAUGAUUCUAACCACCGUUCAGUUUCUUUAGAGUUGGCUUCCUCACAGCUAACUUCACUGCUACCAAAGGACCAACAAUACAUUAAUAGUUGUGCCUCAUCAGAAACAUGCUCUGAAACAAAUGAGAUUUCCCUGAAUGAAAAAACACUUGAGGGACUAACUUCUAUACAAAAUGAAAAAAAUGUAACAGGACUUGAUCUCCUUUCUUCUGUGGAUGGUGAUACUUCAGACGAAAUCCAGCCUUUAUAUAUGGGACGAUGUAGUAAACCUGUCUGUGAUUUGAUAAGUGACAUGGGUAACUUAGUUCAUGCAACUAAUAGUGAAGAAGAUAUUAAAAAAUUAUUGCCAGAUGAUUUUAAGUCUAAUGCAGAUUCUUUGAUUGGAUUGGAUUUAUCUUCUGUGUCAAAUACUCUCUGUGUUUCUCCAACAAACCAUGGUAGUAAUACUGUCAGAGAAGAACAGAAUGAUGUUAACUCCGAACUAAAAAAUAGAGAAAUUAGUGAAACCAAAGCAUUGGGUGUAAAAAUAGACACAACACUUUCAGAUUCUUGUAAUUGCAGCAAAGCAGAAAAUUUAAAGGAUAAAAAGAUCUUUAACAAGUUAGAACCAGUUGUUGAUUUUAACAUGUCAUCUGCUUUGACUCAAAGUUCCAAAAUGUUUGAUGUCAAAGAUAACCUACAACACAAGAGCCAGCCAUGUGAAUUAUUUAAAGAUGAUGACUGUUUGGUAAAAGAGGAGGUAGAUGUGGCUGUCAAAACUGCCACAGAAUGUUUAAAAGAAGGAGGCAGCACAAGUGCUUUGCCUCACGGUCUUCCAAAAAGUGAAGGUUUAUACUUAAAUGAUUCAAAUUCAAAGGAUGAAAAUUUCAGAUUACCUGACUUUUCCUUUGAGGAAGAUAGGACUGCUGUAUUUAUAAAACAAUCUGCAAAAGACUCAAGAAAUUUAGACCUUAAAGAUAAUGAUACAGCCCAAGAUUCCUCUUCAACUUUAUGUGUUUCAAGUGAAGAUACACACUCCUCAUUGUCCUGUCUUCCACUAUCUGGGUCUUUCUGUGGAUCAUUAAUUGAAAGUAAAGCACAUGGUGUUUGUUUUCCUCAGAAUGAACAGAAAGAUAAUAUACAAGAUGCAGUGAUUAUGCAUGAAGAAAUACAGAAGAGUGUUAUUCUAGGUGGGGAACCAUUCAAGGAGACUGAUCUUUCAAAACAGGAAAAAUGUAAAGACAUACUUCAGCCAUUAAUCGAAAAGAUGGGAGAUAGCAAGGUAGAUUCUGACCAGGCAGUUAUCAGAGUUGAAUCUUUGGAUUACCCUGAUGACACCAAUUCUUCUGUAGCUGCAGAAUCUCAAACAGAGCUUUCUGGUGCUAAUGCCCCAGAGUCUCCAGAUUGUUGCAAAGGUCUAACUUUUUCAAGCAACAGUGUGAAUGGGCAAGACUUAGAUUACUUUAAUAUCGAUGAAGGCAUGAAAACUGGCACACUAAUUAGUGAUGCUGAACUUGAUGCCUUUCUGACAGAACAGUACCUUCAGACCACUAACAUAAAGUCUUUUGAAGAAAAUGUUAAUGACUCAAAAUCUCAAAUGAAUCUAAUAGAUACAAAAGGCUUAAAUGAUGGAAACAUCAAUAAUAUGUAUUUCAAUGCUGAAGCAGGAGCUACUGCAGAAAGUCAUGGAAUUAAUAUAUGUGGAACAGUUGAUAAGCAAAAUACAGUAGAAAAAGGUGGCCUUUCAUUAGGGGAAGAAAGCACAAUUCCAGUUGAACAAGAGUUACCUACCAGUAAGUCUGAGAUUACAAAUGAAUUACUAGUCUCUGAUAUUGACAGUCAAUCUGUUCAUGUUGGAGGGGCCAGACCUAAGCAAUUGUUUAAUCUUCCAUCAAGAAGGAGAAGUUCAAAGGAACUGAAUAAACUGGAUGUUCCAAAUAUGCCAGAAAGUGAGCCCAGCAUAGCGAAUACCAUUGCUCCAACCACUUGUACUACAGAUUCUGUAACUGAUUCUCAGGUUAGCUUUAACUCUAACUACAUUGAUAUAGAAAGUAAUUUUGAAGGUGGAUCCAGUUUUGUAACUGCAAACGAAGAUUCUCUACCUGAAAACACUUGCAAGGAAGCCUUGGUUUUGGGCCAGAAACAACCUACUUGGGUUCCUGAUUCAAAAGCUCCAAACUGUAUGAACUGCCAAGUCAAAUUUACUUUUACAAAACGGCGACACCACUGCCGAGCAUGUGGAAAAGUAUUUUGUGGUGUCUGUUGUAAUAGGAAGUGUAAACUGCAGUACUUAGAAAAGGAAGCAAGAGUAUGUGUAGUCUGCUAUGAGACCAUUAGUAAAGCUCAGGCAUUUGAGAGGAUGAUGAGUCCAACUGGUUCUAAUCUUAAAUCUAAUCAUUCUGAUGAAUGUGGUACUGUCCAGCCUCUUCAGGAGACCCAAACAUCCAGUAUACCUUCACCCACAACUUUGCCAAUCUCAGCACUUAAGCAACCAAGUGUUGAAGGACUGUGCUCCAAAGAACAGAAGAGAGUAUGGUUUGCAGAUGGUAUAUUGCCCAAUGGUGAAGUUGCAGAUACAACAAAAUUAUCAUAUGGAAGUAAAAGAUGUUCUGAAGACUUGAGUCCUCUCUUACCUGAUGUGCCUAUGACAGUAAACUCAGUGGAUCAUGCCCAUUCUUCUACAGUGGAAAAAUCGAACAGUGAGAUAGGAGAUAUUACAAGAAAUGAGAUAAUUCGGAGUCCUAUUUCUCAGGUUCCAUCUGUGGAAAACCCAUCUAUAUACACAGGGACUGAGGGGUUACCUACCUCUGGUUCUUUUACAUUAGAUGAUGUUUUUGCAGAAGUUGAGGAACCAUCUAAUGCUACUGGUAUCUUAGUUAACAGCAAUUUACCUGUUGCUAGUAUUUCAGAUUAUAGGUUACUGUGUGGUAUUGACAAGUAUGUUUGCAAUAAGAUUAGUCUUCUGCCUAAUGAUGAGGACAGUUUGCCCCCACUUCUGGUUGCAUCUGGAGAAAAGGGAUCAGUGCCUGUAGUAGAAGAACAGCCAUCUCAUGAGCAGGUCAUUUUGCUUCUGCAAGGCGAAGGGUUUCAUCCUGUUACAUUUGUCCUAAAUGCCAAUCUACUCGUGAAUGUCAAGUUAGUAUUUUAUUCCUCAGACAAAUAUUGGUACUUCUCAACCAAUGGAUUGCAUGGCUUGGGACAGGCAGAAAUUGUCAUUCUAUUGUUAUGUUUGCCAAAUGAAGAUACUAUUCCUAAGGACAUCUUCACACUGUUUAUCACCAUAUAUAACAAUGCUCUAAAAGGAAAAUACAUAGAAAACUUGGAUAAUAUUACCUUUACUGAGAGUUUUCUCAAUAGCAAGGAUCAUGGAGGAUUCCUGUUUAUUACACCUACUUUUCAGAAACUUGAUGAUCUCCCAUUACCAAGUAAUCCUUUUCUUUGUGGAAUUCUUAUCCAGAAGCUAGAGAUUCCCUGGGCAAAGGUUUUUCCUAUGCGUUUAAUGUUGAGAUUGGGUGCAGAAUAUAAAGCAUAUCCUACUCCUUUAACAAGUAUCAGAGGCCGAAAACCUCUUUUUGGAGAAAUAGGACACACUAUUAUGAACUUACUUGUUGACCUUCGAAAUUACCAGUAUACUUUGCAUAAUAUAGAUCAGCUAUUGAUUCACAUGGAAAUGGGAAAAAGCUGCAUAAAAAUACCGCGGAAAAAAUACAGCGAUGUAAUGAAAGUAAUAAAUUCUUCUAAUGAGCAUGUCAUCAGCAUUGGAGCUAGUUUUAGUACAGAAGCAGAUUCUCAUCUAGUCUGUAUACAGAAUGAUGGAGUUUAUCAAACACAAGCCAAUAGUGCUACCAGCCAUCCUAGAAAAGUGACAGGUGCAAGCUUUGUAGUAUUCAAUGGAGCUCUAAAAACAUCUUCAGGAUUUCUUGCUAAGUCCAGCAUAGUUGAAGAUGGCUUAAUGGUACAAAUAACUCCAGAGACCAUGGAUGGCUUGCGGCUAGCUCUACGAGAGCAAAAAGACUUUAAAAUUACAUGUGGGAAAGUUGAUGCAGUAGACCCUACAGAAUCUGUGGAAAUCUGCUGGGUAGAUUCUGAAGAAAAAAGAAACAAUGGUGUUAUCAGUUCAGUGGAUGGAAUAUCAUUACAAGGAUUUCCAAGUGAAAAAAUAAAACUGGAAGCAGAUUUUGAAAAUGAUGAGAAGAGUGUAAAGUGUACUGAGGUGUUCUACUUUCUAAAGGAUCAGGACUUAACUAUUUUAUCAACUCGUUAUCAGUUUGCAAAAGAAAUAGCCAUGGCUUGUAGUGCUGCUCUGUGCCCUCACCUGAAAACUCUAAAGUGUAAUGGGAUGAAUAAAAUUGGACUCAGAGUUUCCAUUGACACUGAUAUGGUUGAAUUUCAGGCAGGAUCUGAAGGCCACCUUCUGCCUCAGCAUUAUCUAAAUGAUCUCGAUAGUGCUCUGAUACCCGUGAUCCACAGUGGGACCUCCAACUCUAGUUUACCAUUGGAAAUAGAAUUAGUAUUUUUCAUUAUAGAAAAUCUUUUUUAGCAAAAGGAUAUGUGACAUAUUACAUACUGCAAGCUGAUUUGUUAAAACCAACUCCAGCACUAAAGCUGAAAUGCCACAAACACUAAAAAUAAAUGUUUGAUGUUUGAAAUAUGUAAGCUUUGCUUUUUAGGCAGGAGUGAUCUUUUUAAGUCAUUAGCACAAUAUUUAAAUAUCUAAAAAUUUAAGAAAUCCACAGUUUUUGAAGCUUUACACUUAAUACAAGUACUAAAAAGACAAGGAUUUCUUCUGCCUUUAAAAAUUUGUAGGAUUUACUAUGUUAUUUAAACGCUAAGCCAAAGUACCUGCACUUAGGUAUACCUCUUUAUGUCAAGAACAGUUUUAAUGAAGGCUUUUUUCAGAUGUAACCUCAUGAAGGAAAUAUCUGUUUUGUGUAUAUGCAAGUUGGAAUACUGGUUUCUAAAAUCUGUUAAAAUGUACUUCAGUGGCACAGACCAGUUUCAAGAUCUUAGACUUUUAAAUCUUUGAAUAAAGCCAAUAACAUUUGUAUAAUUGGACUGGAGACCUACCUCCAUGAUUAGAUAAACUCUGAUUACUUGGAUUAAAAUCAGAAUUUUGCCUUUUUUCUUCUCAAAUUAUUUUAUAUAUAUAUAUCAUUUUUCCUGAUUA